UUUCCUUUGCGACUUUGUGAGCACCGUUUUACGGCAGUGAACGAAUGGAUGCCGAUGUUCCACAUGGCUACUACUGAGUUGUAAUGUGGAUUCGUUUGUCAGCACCCACGACAAGAUCUAUUUAGGCAAUUUGUACUUAAUUAACACCCAGCAAUGGGUAAGAGUAAAAAUAAUAAAUUCAAGCGUCCCCAGUUCAACUCAGUCGGUCUUCCAACCAACGCUGUAAAGGAGGUGGAAGACGACCACGAUGAAACUGAUUCUCCAGCCGGGGAGUUGCUCGAGAAAUUACAUAGUCCCUGUGCAGAUAUGAGAGAAUUUGCCUGUGCCAGCAUUUCACGGGUAGUCCAGCAGAGCCAGGCAAUCCCUGGGUUCCUGCAGAGGGAUGCUGUACGGCGCCUGGGGCCCCUGGUAUUGGACCCCAGCCUGGCUGUCAGGGAGACUGCCACAGGGGCGCUCAGGAACCUGAGUGCAUGUGGGGGACAUGAAGUGUGUGAGGACAUGGUAAAACAGGACAUAAUGACGCCUCUGACAGUGCUGCUCCGAGAUUGUUGCACUGGGUUCGAGACCAACUCCGCCCUCUCGUUGAAAGAGAAGAAAAACAAAGCAGAAGAUGUAGCCAAUGAAGCGGUUAACUUGCUGUGGAAUCUAUGUGAGAGCAGUAGCCAGGCUCUGUCUUUGUUCAACAAAGCAGGACUACUGGAUGUUGUCCUCCAGUGUCUGGAGCAACACCCACACAAUUUGGAACUGGCUCUGUCAGCUGCUCACUGUUUACACACAGUGACUGAGGACAACCAGGAGCUACUGUGCAGCAUGAACACUGCAGUGUUUGUGGCUCUGGAUAGCGUGCUGCUGUCAACACAGCCAGGCAUGGCCCACACACUGCUAAGGACCCUUGCUGCAGGGUCAGUGUGGAACAUGAAGAGCAGCCUUCCCCUGGCCCGCCAGGCCCAGACACUCAGCGCCCUUGUGACCACCCUCUCCCAGAGCCUGGAGCUGGACGCCGGCACGCUCAUCCCCGAGCUCCACCAGGCUGAGACCACCCGCCACGCCACCGCCUCCCCAACAGCCGACGCAGAGGAGCAGGGAGCGAGGGACAUGGUGGUGGAGGAAAUGGAGGACGCCGAGGAGGAGGAAGAUGGACUACGAAGGAACGGCAAGGCGGCCAAGAUAGACAGUGACUUCUCUGACCUUUUGCCUCGGGGGAAGGAGGAGCUGAGGGAGGCGACAGCCUUGCUCACAGCCCAGCAGACGUCCUUGGAGAUCAUCGUCAACAUGUGCUGCUCUGAUGAGCCGUCAGACGACGAGUGGGAGGAGAUGUCAAGCAGCGACGAGAGUGAGACGUGUCCUGACGGUUCUGCAGACGGAAUCUCCAGUCUGCUGUCCCCUUUGUGUUUGUCAGCAGAGGUUUACGGAGCGCUCACCAACUACAGCAUCCCAGAGAAGAUUCUCAAGAAGACCCAGUUCCCCAGCAGCGAAGCAAUGGAUGUGUGUUCUCAGGAUCCCAUGUGGAAAUGCCUGAUUAAAAAAAUGCAGAGGGUACAAUACCGGGCCCUUACCUGCCUACACAACAUCCUGUCUACCAUGGAUGCUGAGUCCCUGGGGGGGGCAGCUGCCCUCCAGGCUGUAGCCCAACACCUGUCCUCACUAGUCUUCAGCUCUGCAGCCAUCCCAAAGGAGGAGGAGUUUCUGGAGGCAGUCACCAGUGCCAUGCGGUCGCUGUUACAGAUGAUAGCCUCUAAAAACAUCCCACAGUGUAUGAGUCCCCAGCAGUUGAUGAGCCUGAGUGAGGCUGCGACCCGCUGUGAUGUAGUCAGUGUGAGGGUCAACGCCCUGGCAAUCCUGGGCAUCACAGGCAGCACACUUGCCAAAGAGAAGGGCACUGCAGACAACCUCCAGAUGAUUGGCAGUGCCUUACUCCAAGUAGCGUCUAAGGACCCCAACUUGGUGGUGUGUGGUGAGGCUCUGGAUGCCUUGUUUGAUGUUUUUGCGGAUGGAGAGGAGGCAGAGACCGCAGCUAAAAACAUCCUCUUACUGCCUGCCUUAAAGGCACUUCAACCUGUCUUCAAGGCUAAGAUUCGUAAAGAGGGGAAGGGAAAGUACACCCCAGAACAGCUGUGUGUUCUAGACAACAUCAAAGUCAACUUGAGGAGAUUCAUAGGCUACUUGGAGACGGUGGUGAAAAAGUAACUGCAUCCCACUGAUUGACAUGAUAUGGCUUGUCCUCUGAGUGCCCUCUGAGGCCUGGGACAAAAAUGGCCUGGGAUUUUGAAACUCCACUAUCAGUUCUUUAUCAACAACCAUGGCUGACUUUUUAUUUGCUUGUUUUGUUUCUCUUAACACAGACUCAGGUCUAAAUAAUGUAACAUUUUACUUUAUUCAGUGAGUAUUCAAAAUGAUUUUGAGUAUAAAAUAUAAAUGAGAAAAACAAUAUCUCAAACUUGUUGAAUAUGUUGUAAUGUUUGCUUGAAAGGACACAUUUUUGUGCUUGACAUAAUGCAACUUAUACAAUUAAAGUACACUUUGUUG